AUGGAAAUCGAGACGUCCGGUAGCUUCGACGCCGGCUCCGACUACGACGACACCGAUGCUCUUGAGUACAUCCACGGCUCGGAUGACGAGGAAUGUGGGCUGGCUGACGCGUUCAAGCAGUUUGAGGCGCAGGCAGAAAAGCGCACACACGAGCUGUUAAAGGCUACAGAUGAACAACUUUUCCAUGUGCCGCCGACACCUGCAACUGAAGAUAAAGGAAUAGACGUAGACCAAGACAGCAUUCCUGCGUACGUGUACAUGAGCGACCAGUUCAGACUCAAGAAGCCUCCUCAGUUCCAGCACUGGCAGAAGAAUUUCCAGUAUUUGCAGGUCACGGGGUCCAGGAUGCUGGAAGGAGAGUCGAUGGAGUAUCUUCAGCUGAUACCAAUGGAAACAAAGGAAACACUAGAACAUGACGAGAAUGCGGACGAUGGGGAGUCCGGGAGCGGGAGAUUCUCUCCACAUAAUUCUCAUGUUGAGGAAGUGCUGGACUCGCUGACGAUGGAGUGCUUUUCGUCAACGGUAGUUCCACAGUUAACUUCACUUUAUAAGACCAUGCUGGAGAAGCAACAACAAACUGUCCGAGCUGCUCGAGAAGAGAGAGAAGCUGCUGCAAAUCGAACGUUCGAAGAGAACAUAGCAUUUGACAAGGCUCGAGAACUGCGACUGGAGCAGGAAGCAGUCGAAGAAGCAGCUCGAGUCGAGGCAUUGGGAAAGAGACGCCAAGAAGAGGAACGCAAAGAGACGGAGAGACGCGAACUGUUUCUGAAGCAGCAACUGGAAGAGAAUGACGAAGAAGAAGUCAAGAUCAAGACACUGGCGUAUUCGCACACGCGUGAAUGGUACCAGCCCAAGAAGAAAUGCUUCUUACAUCGUGGACGCCGGUUGUGA